AUGAAAAUUGCUAGACUGAGUGUUGAUUAUUAUGUGGACAAAGGCAUAUCAGUGAUAUCACCAAAACUUGUGGAAGAAUUCAAUGUUAGAGGAAUGAGUGAAGAAGAAAAACUGAAUCACGUGAAAGGAAUUUUAGCCAUCAUCAAACCUGUGAAUAAAAUAAUUCACUUAACAUUUCCAAUCCGUCGUGAUAAUGGUGAAUUUGAAAUAAUUGAAGCGUGGCGAGCCCAGCAUAGCGAGCAUAGAACACCAACGAAAGGUGGUAUUAGAUUUGCUAAAAAUGUUGAUGAAGAUGAGGUUCGAGCACUUGCAGCACUUAUGACGUAUAAAUGUGCUGUUGUGGAUGUACCUUUUGGUGGAGCUAAAGGUGCUGUGAAGAUUGAUCCACAAGAUUAUUCAGUAUAUGAAAUUGAGAAAAUUACCAGAAGAUUGGCAAUAGAAUUAGCAAAAAAAGGCUUUCUUGGGCCUGGAGUUGACGUUCCAGCACCUGAUAUGGGUACAAGCGAUCGUGAAAUGGCUUGGAUUGCAGACACGUAUGCGCAAACAAUCGGAUAUAAUGACAAGGAAGCAUUUGCAUGCGUUACCGGGAAACCUAUCGUUUACGGUGGCUUAAGCGGAAGGACUGCUGCUACUGGACGUGGUAUCUGGCAAGCCUUAGAAGCAUUUAUUCAUAAUGAAGAAUACAUGUCAAAGAUUGGACUGUCUACUGGCUUGCAUGGCAAAAGAUUUAUUAUUCAGGGCUUUGGUAACGUUGGCACUUACGCAGCGCAAUAUUUUGUGAAGGGUGGAGCGAUCUGUAUUGGUGUUCAAGAAUGGAACUGCUCAAUUCAGAAUGCAGAUGGCAUCGAUCCGUUUGCUUUACAGAAGUGGAAGGAUCAACGUGGCACUAUCAAAAAUUAUCCGCAAGCAAAGGCAUUUGAACCAUUUCAAGAAUUGAUGUUUGAGCCUUGCGAUGUUUUUGUACCAGCUGCUUGUGAAAAGGUCAUCACAAAAGCAAACGCAUCUCGAAUACAGGCGAAAAUUAUCGUAGAAGGAGCAAAUGGACCAACGACACCUGCAGCAGAUAGGAUUCUGCUAGCCAAAGGUAAUAUCUUGCUCAUCCCCGACUUGUUUGCAAACAGUGGUGGUGUUACAGUAUCAUUUUUCGAAUGGUUGAAAAAUCUUAAUCACGUAUCAUUUGGUCGUUUAACAUUUAAACACGAAGCUGAUUCAAAUCGAAAAAUACUUGAAAGUGUGCAGCAAUCACUAGAAGAAGCAAUGAGUCAAAAAAUUCCAAUUAAACCCAAUAGUGAAUUAAUGGGACGAAUUAAUGCAGCUGCUGGUGCUACAUCUGAAGCAGACAUUAUUCAUUCUGGAUUAGAUUUCUCGAUGCAACGCUCGGCAGAAUCAAUCAUGCGGACAGCUCAGAAAUAUAAUUUGGGAUUAGAUAUUCGUACAGCAGCUUAUGCAAAUUCAAUUGAAAAGAUUUAUAAUACAUAUCGAACAGCUGGAUUAACUUUUUGCUGA